ACUAAUCAAUGAAGAAUUAUUGUGAAUUACUAUCGUGGAAAUGAUUUUUUAAAAAGUUUUUGGUUUUGAUGUGUUGGAUUAUUAAUAAUAUUGUAAUAUUGUAUUCUUCACUACAAACCUUUAUUAAUUAGAAUCAAUGGCGACUUUCGAUUCCAAAUACGACAUGUAUCCUGCUGGUGAUGUAGGAGUUAUAGAAGGUGAAAUGAACAUUCCUGGUCAGGGUGUGCCUUCUGGUGAUACAAUGGAGUUUAAUACUCUAGAUGAACCAAUUAAAGAAACAUUUCUAAGAGACUUAAGAGCCGUGGGUAAUAAAUUCUACCAUGUACUAAUACCAAGAGAGAAAACUAGUUUAUUAAAAGAAUGGGAUCUAUGGGGUCCAUUAUUGCUUUGUACAUUUAUGGCAACUAUUCUGCAAGGCUCGUCAGAACCCACAGAUAAAACAGGUGAUGGAGGCCCUGAGUUUGCAGAGGUCUUUGUACUGGUUUGGAUAGGUGCAGCUAUUGUGACCUUUAAUUCUAAGCUACUUGGAGGAAAUAUGUCAUUUUUCCAAUCAGUAUGCGUAUUGGGAUAUUGUCUUUUCCCCAUUGCAUUAGCUCUAGUCAUCUGCAGAGUGAUAUUGUUCAGUACACAAAAUACAUUUUUAUUCUUCCUACGAUUUGUUAUAUCUAUGGUUGGAUUCAUUUGGGCAACAUUUGCUGCAACAAAAUUCCUUGGUGAUAGCCAACCUGAAGGUAAAAAAGGUCUAGCAGUUUACCCCAUUUGCUUGUUUUACUUCAUACUGUCAUGGCUAGUCGUUUCACACACCACUUAGGAGCACAAUAUGUGAUAAAGACUUGUAGGAUAAUUUGUGAAUAUUUGAUGUAAUGUAAGUUAUUAAUAUAUGAAUUUAUGAUACAUA